ACUGCCUGGCAGUGCUGCUGAGAGGGGAGGGAGCACAGAGGAGCAGGUUUCGGCUUACAGCGCAUACCACACUAACAACACCGAAAUACACUAAAAAUACAGGCUAACUGGCCGUUUGGAAGUACACAGGACUACACCGUCAACUGAAGCCAACUUGGGAUCUUGUCGGAGGACACUACCGGCCGCAGAUUGUGGAUUGUAACCAGGAGUUUUUUUGCCUUGUAAUGUGGGAAUGCUUUCUCCUCUUUUCCGUGGUAUGUGGAUCUGGGAGCGACCAUGUUAUUAGGCAGGUGAUAAAAGGAGAAGCCGGCUGUUCUAUCCCAGCUUAAAGAAGACCCAGGAUAGAAACUGAGAGAGAUACAUUGAGUUGGAGGGGGAUUCGCCACUACCAAGGGAAAAUCAGGAUGACUGUGCCUAUGUACCACUGACAAGCUGAACUGGAAUGAUAUCUUGACCUUUUUUCCUGGAAGUGACCAAGUUAGCGAUGAGCGGGGGGAUAUAAUGGCCAAGAACAAGGAUGCGCGCCCCCCGACAUUCGCCGUCAGUGUGGUUGGCCUCUCGGGGACGGAGAAAGAGAAGGGGAAUUGUGGAGUUGGCAAGUCCUGCCUAUGCAACAGAUAUGUUCGUCCUAAUGCGGACAGCUACUACUCGGAGCACACCUCAGUGCUGAGCACAAUAGACUUUGGGGGACGUGUGGUUAACAAUGACCACUUCCUGUACUGGGGGGAGGUGUCCCAUCGAGGGGAUGAUGGGUUGGACUGUAAAAUACAAAUCAUUGAACAAACAGAGUUCAUUGAUGACCAGACGUUUCUUCCGCAUCGGAGUACGAACCUGCAGCCAUACACCAAACGGGCGGCAGCAACCAAGCUCCAGUCUGCAGAGAAGCUUAUGUACAUCUGUACGGACCAGCUGGGCUUGGAGCAGGACUUUGACCAGAAGCAGAUGCCGGAUGGAAAGCUGAACAUCGAUGGCUUUGUGCUCUGUAUCGAUGUUAGCAAGGGAUGCAACAGGAAGUUUGAUGACCAAAUGAAGUUUGUCAACAGCCUCUACUCCCAAAUCGUCAAGUCAAAGAAGCCCAUUGUCGUUGCUGCCACAAAAUGUGAUGAGUGUGUGGACCAGCACCUGAGGGACCUGCAGGCCUUUGUUGCCAGCAAGAAGAACCUGCUGCUAAUUGAGACAUCAGCACGCUCCAAUGUCAACACAGAGGUCUGCUUCAACACACUCAUCCAGCAGCUGGAUAAAGCAAGGGGGAAGCCAAAAACUGUGCCAUACCUUGAGGCCUAUAAAGUCCAACGGCAGCAUGUUGCUGCAGUAACAGAUAGAUUUGAGAAAUUGAUGGUGCACACGGUUAGAGAUUACCACACCACGUGGAAAACAGUGAUCAAUAAUAUGAAGGGCCAACCUGACUAUGACGAGUUCAUCACCUUGGAGGGCUCCAGGAAAGCACGCAACAUGUUCACAAAGCACAUUGCACAACUGAAGCAGGAGCACAUCAAGAGGAGGAGGGAAGAGUACCUGACAACAUUACCGAAAACCCUUAAUAACCUCCUAAAUAACCUGGAGGAAGUUGAACACCUCUCAUGGCCUGAGGCGCAGAGUGUGAUCCGUAACCGGCCUGAUUUCCAGUACUGGUUUGUGGUUCUGGAACAAACCCCAUGGGAUGAGACGGACCACAUCGACAUCAGUGACCGAAGGAUACCCUUUGACCUCCUUGACACACCUGACGGUGAGAGAAUUUACCACAACCACGUCCAGCACUUGUUAUCUGAGAAGAGAAGGGUGGAGAUGAAAGACAGGUUCAAGAAGACGCUAGAGAGGGUUCAUUUUAUCAGUGCAGGGCAGCCUUGGGAGGAAGUCAUGUGCUUUGUCAUGGAGGACGAGGCCUACAAGUACAUCACAGAAUCAGAUAGAAGGGAUGUUUAUUGUAGACACCAGCAGGAAAUAGUUGAAAGGGCCAAAGAGGAUUUUCAGGAAAUGCUUUUUGAGCAUGCUGAGCUAUUCUAUGACUUGGAUCUGAAUGCCACCCCCAGCUGCGACAAGAUGAGCGAAAUUCACAGUGUGCUGAAUGAGGAGCCCAGAUACAGAGCACUGCAGAAACUUGCCCCAGAUAGAGAGUCCCUCCUCCUCAAACACAUUGGGUUUGUUUACCAUCCCACCAAGGAGACAUGCCUGAGUGGGCAGAACUGUGUGGAUCUGAAAGUGGAGCAGGUUUUAGCAAACAGGCUGGUGCAGCUUGACCACGGACGCUCUAAUCUCUACUAUAACAGUGCCAACAUCGAUAAGAUCAACCUCUGCCUCCUGGGAAGGGAGGGUCUCUCACAGGAACUAGCCAAUGAGAUCCGAGCUCAGUCCACAGAUGAUGAGUACACCCUGGAUGGUAAAAUUUAUGAACUGGAGCUGCUUCCGGUGGAUGUCAACUCCACACUGCUCUUCAGCCACACGUGGGUCACCACCUUCAAGCCACAUGGCUGCUUUUGUGUAUUCAACUCCAUAGAGUCUCUUAACUGUAUUGGAGAUUGCAUAGGCAGGAUCAGAGCGGAGAUAGCGCAGAGCAGGAGAGAUAGGUUUGCUCAGCCACUACCAUUCAUUCUAAUCCUGGCUAAUCAGAGGGACAGUGUUUGCAAAAACAUACCUAUCCUGAGGCACCAGGGCCAACAGCUGGCAAACAAGUUGCAGUGUACCUUUGUCGACAUCCCCUCCGGGGCCUUUCCACGUAAAUUCACAGAGUUCCAAAUUAAGCAGGGUCUCCGAGCAGUGCUGGAGGGGCUAAAGCAUAACUUUGAUGUCUUGGCCCCACUGCCCUCUAUCAAAGACAUGUCAGAGACAGACCUUAGGAUAGUCAUGUGCGCCAUGUGCUGGGAUCCUUUCAGCGUUGACCUCAUCCUCUCGCCUUUCCUCGACUCACACUGCUGUAGCGCAGGGCAGCCAGGCCAGAGCAACACACUGAUCCUAGACAAGAUCAUCGGGGACAGCAGGAGGAGGAUCCAGGUCACUGUCCUGUCCUACCACACUGCUAUUGGUGUCCGCAAAGAUGAGCUGGUGCACGGCUACAUUUUGGUAUAUUCUGCCAAACGCAAGGCUUCUAUGGCGACCCUGCGGGCGUUCUUGGCUGAAGUCCAGGAUGUGAUCCCCGUCCAGAUGGUGGCGAUUACAGAUAGCCAGGCAGACUUCUUUGAGAAUGAUGCCAUCAAGGAGCUGAUGACGGAGGGAGAGCACAUUGCCACAGAAAUCGCUGCCAAGUUCACUGCACUCUACUCACUGUCACAGUAUCAUCGACAGACAGAGGUUUUUACACCCUUUUUCAAUGAAGUGCUGGAGAAAAAGCCUAACAUUGAGAGUUCCUUCCUCUUUGACAGCUCAUCACGGGAGUGCACCACUGGCGCCAGUGAGGACGUCUUCCCCACCUCGCCCCACAGCCAUUCCCCGGCCUAUAACACUUAUUACCCAGAAUCGGAUGAUGAUAAUGAGGCUCCCCCACCUUACAGUCCAAUAGGUGAUGAUGUUCAGCUUCUCCCCACACCCAGCGAGCGGGCCAAGUACCGCAUCGACCUAGAGGGCAAUGAGUACCCAGUCCAUAGCACACCUGUUGGAGACCAUGAACGCAAUCACAAAGUGCCUCCACCUGUCCGGCCAAAACCAGUGCUCCCCAAACCAAAUGUCAAAAAGCUGGACCCCAACCUGCUCAAAACUAUUGAGGCUGGCAUGCGAAGCAACCGUAGGAUGCCACGUGGCCCAAUGACGCACAGUGAGGACGUGGAGGCGUCAGAAAACUAUGCAGACCCUGUGGACACCUUGCUAAGGUCCAGGGGUUUCCACAAUGAUGACAUAUAUGCUGUGCCCGAUGACACACAUAGCCGUCUAGUCAAAAUAAGAAAUUCCUUUGGUGGGUUGCAUGGCCUCCACGUAGGAGGAGAAGAGGAGAAUGGAUUUGACAGAAAGUCUCAGGCUGGACGGCGGCCGUCAAAAUACAAACAUCGUUCUAAAAUCCUGUUCAGCAAGACAAAGGCCUACCAAAGACGAUUCCACUCUGACAGCGACGGGGAGGAGUCGGGCCCUGCUACGCAGAAAAAGAAAAAGGGAAGAGCCCACCGGGGCAGUGAGGAGGACCCACUGCUCUCCCCUGCUGACCCCUGGAAGGGUGGCAUAGAUAACCCUGCCAUCACCUCCGACCCUGAGCAGGAGGACAAGAAGAUGAAGAAGAAGAAGACGCCCAAGACACCAAAGGAGCCGAAGAAGCCAAGAUCUACAAAGCCCCCCAAGCCUCUGUACCCCCCCACCCGGAGAACCUGGGAGAGCAACUACUUUGGCGUUCCCCUGCAGAACUUGGUGACCCCGGACCGACCCAUCCCACUCUUCAUCGACAAAUGUGUCGACUACAUCGAGCGCACAGGUCUGACGACAGAGGGUCUGUAUCGCGUCAGUGGGAACAAGACGGACCAGGACAACAUCCAGAAACAGUUUGAUCAAGAUCACAGUAUCGACUUCAUGGCGAUGGAUGUGGCGGUGAACGCUGCAGCUGGAGCACUGAAGGCUUUCUUCGCCGACCUGCCCGACCCGCUGAUCCCCUACUCCCUGCACCCGGAGCUGGUGGAGGCCGCAAAAAUCGUGGACCACAUGGAGCGUCUGCAGGUGUUGCGGGAGAUCGUGAAGAAGUUUCCCUCUGUCAACUACCAGGUCUUCAAAUACAUCAUCACACACCUCAACAGGGUGAGCCAGCACAGCAAGACCACCCUGAUGACGGCCGACAACCUGUCCAUCUGCUUCUGGCCCACGCUGAUGCGGCCCGACUUCGAGAACAAAGACACGCUGUCCACCACCAAGCUGAACCAAGCCGUCAUCGAGUCCUUCAUCCUGCAGAGCGACUACUUCUUCCACGGCGGCGAGGUGGCCGAGAGCUCCAGCAGCGAGGGCACGCCGCCGCCGCACUGCCACAACAUGGUGGAGGCUCUGCUCCCUCUGCAGCUGCCUCCACCCUUGCAGCCACAGCAGAUCCAGCACACCCUGCACCCCGACCCGCUCAUCUAAACAGCCACCGGAGCAUGCUGGGACAUAAAGUCUGGGGGUUGUUUGUGUGCAGCUGCCAGCCGCUUUGGGCCAUCAGAUCGCCUGGAGGUCGUCUUCUGCUCUACAAAACGCUGCUCGGCUGUUAGAAUAAAAAAUAAAAUGAACCCGGUUGGUGCAGCUGCUGUUUGUCAUCGACUUUGAGGUGAAUGAGCUUCGGGGGUUUAGAGACACAUCGACCGUUUGUUGGAUUAAACCUAAUCUGUGAGAUCGGCUCAUCCUGUGAGGUAAAUCCUGGAUUAGAGAAUUACAAUCGGACGUCACCUUUUUUGGAACUAAUUUUUGGAUCUGACUGCCCCUUUUAUGAUACGGAGACUGAAAACAGUUGAUGAUUGAACUGAUUUGAUUUGGCACAUAGUGACAACACUAAUCGUUUAGCAGGGUCUGACUACUUGGACUUUGGGGCAGACAAUAGAUUUACCCUCCUCCUACUUUACCCUGAUGAAAUAGCACACUGGGGUCCUGAGCAGGUCCCCCUUAAACCCUGUCCCCCUUCUCCUGCUCCGAGACAACAGAAAAGGGAAUUUAAAACUUAGAGAGUCCCCACGACUGCAAAUACGACACCUGAUUUAUGAGAUAUUUGACUGACUGGUUCCUGACUCACUGACUUUUUGACAUUUCGGCACAGGAAAACAUUUCUUCUUCUUUUGUCGCCCUUUGACCCAAAGUCGGUCGGUAAGAGGAGGCGAGGGGACGUAAUCUCAUGCAAGAACUUUUCCCUCCAACGCCACACUGCAAGCAAACGGUGGAAUAAAUUGUGGAUUAUUUUUAGUCUUGGGGAGUCUGGUUUAAAAGACAAAAUGAAAUGAUCCCUCCCCCGCUACGUGAACUUUGACCCCCUUAAAGGACAGCACAUGCACGGUUUGCGUCAAAGGUCCCACACGCCAAUUUCAUGUCUGUUUGCGUCGUUUUUAUCAUUUGAACUCUUUAUUUCUUCUUUCUUUUUUUUUUAAGUAUGUUUUUGUAGCGUCUGAUUUCUACCCAGUUUGUGUGUGAUGACGAUGAUGAUGAUGAUGUGUGUGUCUGUGUGAGCUGACCUGUGGUCUGUGUUACAGCCAGUUUGAACCAGUUUGGAUUCAGGAGGGAAUUAAAAAAAACGCGGACUGACGGACUUGUAACAAUCCGUACGAGAGAAUCAGACUUUACGGACUUUACUGCAAACCUUCAGCCCAACUGUCUCGUCUCUUUAUAGCCUCUAACUCUUAAUGCAGCGACCGACGACCCCCUCGAUGACGGCACAUGCGCGAGGAAACCACUACGAUGCAUUCUGGAUCUAUCCGGUUUUGAGGAGGCGUCUUCCCUGUUUGGUGACUUCCUUCGCUUCGUGGAGGACGCUCCUUCAUUUCUACUUUUGUUCUCCUGUUCUGUUCGUUUGUUGGAAACUAAAAUUUGCAUGUCUCUGUUUUUUGCCACUUAGUGAAAAAAAAGAAGUUUAAAAAAAUGAAAUGAAACACUCUGAAACUCUAAAGGAGCUCUGAAGAUCUGCAUCGUUUUAACUGAAUCUUGUUUUUGGUUUAAGGGGAACAUUUCCACAGAAAAACUCUAAGAGGGGUUUAAUUUUUUGCAUUUGUUUGUUUUCCUUCAUGCAAGAAAUCAACUCUUAAUAUCAUAUUUUUGGUUAUAUGUCGAAUAGUUUUCCCUAAAUAGAGGAAAGAAGUAUAUAUAAGUAUAUAUAUAUAUAAAUUUAUCAGCAGCAGAGGUUGCUGAUUUAGUGAAAUACCACGGGGUACUGGACUGUAUAAUCUGUCAGAAGCUAUAAUCAUAUUUCUUUGUGGUUCUGAUGGUGUAACUGAAACCCAUCUUUUUUUUUCUGAUGGUGUGUGAGUGUGUGAAUGUGUGUGUGUGCAGAGGGGCGGGUGUUUGAUAACAGAUCUGUGGGUUUUAAUCCUCUUUGGCUCGUCUGAAAGAGAAGAGAAAAUCCCUCGCCGCUUUCUUCAUCGAUGACACUUUGAGGUAGGACGAGGGCAGAGGAAAAUCGCUAAGGUCCAGAUUAAUUUAGUAACACCUGAAACUUGUGUUCAGCUGAGCCCUGAGUUUGUCUGUCUCGUUGGGUUGUAUCCAUGCUGAGUAUCGUCAGCAGCUGAUAGCAAACACGAGAUGACAUUAAACAUUUAUCACGGUUUUCCAGGUAUUUUCUUAAUCUUCGAACACUCGUCUGUCCGUCUGGAUAAAAGUAUUCCACCUGCUGCAUGAGAAAGAUUUUUGUUUCCAUGUUGGAACAAAGAUGAUGGUCAGAAACAACCUGGUCUCACUCCCAACUCAUCAAAUACUGACACUUGGACAGUAGUCCUCGGCAUCAGACACAGACACAGACACACCAAGGCACCCUGAGGGGUCAUACACAUGGUGUGUUUUUUGCACCCCUAAAUUAAUUGUUUUCAAUGUGGAUACAUGGAAGGUGCACUCAAAACGCCAGAGUGACACCGUCGUGGUGCACAAGCACUCCCGAGCGCCUACUUUUCAGGGUUCGACGGCUGUGCCCUGAGAUAAACCGUGUUCACCUUUUGGAACGCAGCAGUCUGUGGUAAACACGAAAAAGUUGAUCAUUUUUGUGCAGAGCUGCCAGAGCUGUACAUCUGUCCCACAGAUGAUCAGCCUAAACAGUGCCUGGAAGAAGAUCAGCUCUGCACUCCUGCUUUUGACACUUCAAGCAACGGCCAAAUUAUAAUGAGCAAUGGUGGGCGGUCAAACAAACUCUGGACUUUCUCUCAGAGAUUGCUGUUUGUGUCCCAUGUGAAACCAAAUGUAAUUUUAAUGACAAUGUAGUGUGCUAGUACGUGUAGCAUACUACGCUAGCGACGUAUGUGACCUGACGUUACAUUAGGUUAGUAGCAAUCGUACUUAUUUUAAGCCAAACCUCACCAUGUUCUUUAGUUGCCUAAACCUGAGGAGGUCAACCUAAAAACAAA